CGCCGGGACGCCCCGUCCGGGCUCGGCGGCCCCGCGCGCCUGGGCAGGUUCCCUGUCUGCGGCUCCGACGCGCGCUCCACUUCGCCCGGCUCGGCUGCUCUGUGUGCGGGGCCUCGGCUCGCUGCGCUGCGAGAUGGCCGAGAAGUCGGACAAGGGCGUUACGUACUACCGGCUGGAGGAGAUCCAGAAGCACAACCACAGCAAGAGCACCUGGCUGAUCCUGCACCACAAGGUGUACGACCUCACCAAGUUCCUGGAGGAGCAUCCCGGUGGGGAAGAAGUCUUACGGGAACAGGCUGGCGGCGACGCCACUGAGAACUUUGAGGAUGUCGGACACUCAACAGACGCUCGAGAGCUGUCCAAGACGUACAUCAUCGGGGAGCUGCACCCGGACGACAGGUCCAAGAUAGCCAAGCCCACGGAAUCUCUCAUCACGACUGUGGACUCGAGCUCCAGCUGGUGGUCCAACUGGGUCAUCCCGGCCGUGUCGGCGCUGGCCGUCGCCCUGCUGUAUCGCGUGUACCUGUCUGAGGAGUAGCAGCCUCCCGGGCCCGAGCGCCAAGACUGCCCCGGGCGGGGCGCCCGUGUGAGCCGCCCGCGCACGCACGGAGCCUCCCCGAGUGACGACGCCGCGCCCCCCGCCCCGCGCUGCAGCCAGCCGGCCCGAAGAGCUGCCCCCGCCCGUCCCCUGAGCGUUGCCGAGUGCCUUGUCACGCCCCACUUCCGUAGGGUGGCCUGUGGAAAGAAUACACCUGGCUGUCCAGUAGCCCCCUGUGCCG